GGCCGAGCCUUUUAACGUCGCAAUCUCGGUCGACCCCUCGCGACUGGUGGAAACUGGAAACGGACUCGGACACACGCAUGCACGCGCUCUGGUCGUUUCCACCACAUCAGCCCGGGGAUUACAACUGGCGUGGCUCGUGCACAGCUGGCCCGUGUUGUUUAUGUAAUAGCCGUGGUGCGAACUGAUGGUAACAUUCAAAUUUCACCGUUUGUUUCGUUCUGAUGACGGAGCGGCUGGUUCUGUUCGUUCUGAUGCUUUGUUAACAACGGAAUUUAACAGCGGGAACUGGGAGGAGUGUGAGUGUGAGCUCGAGCUCUCCCGUCACAUGCACGUAAAGCACGCACACACACCUCCGUGAAAAUCAGCACACCGGAAAAUCUGUUUGGAAUACGGUGCGUCUCGCGCUCUUAACCUCUACCAGGGGAGAGGCCGCCCCGUUGCGGACAGAGGGCAGGCCGGAGAGAGAGACAGAGAGGAGGAGGAGGAGGAGGAGGAGGGUUGGUAUAACGGGCAUAGGUUCGUCUGUCGGUCUGAGGGAUUCAGACAGCGGGUAGCUGUUCUCUACUGUAGCCGCAUCGCAGUCACCCAACCCCUAUACAUCUGCUGCUGUGGCCCGCUGACUGACUGGAGGAUGAACGGAAGGGAUUAACGACGAGGGAGAAAGAGAGAGGGGGAAGAGGAGAGGGAUAGAGAAAGGAUGGGUAAGGACCAGGACCUGCUUCAUGCGGUGAAGACCGAGGAUCUUCUGACGGCGCAGCGGCUUCUCCAGCGACCCAGGCCCGGGAAAACCAAGUUGCUGGGAACAGCCAAGAGGGUCAAUGUUAACUUCCAGGACACAGACGGGUUGUCUCCUCUGCACCAUGCUGCUCUGAGCGGCAACAAGGAGCUGAUCUCUCUGCUGUUGGAGGCUCAGGCCACAGUGGACAUUAAGGACCAGAACGGUAUGCGUCCACUGCACUACGCGGCGUGGCAGGGGAAGACUGAGCCAAUGAAAAUGCUCCUGAAGGCGGGAUCAUCAGUCAACAUUCAAUCAGACGAGGGCCAGAUCCCACUGCACCUAUCAGCACAGCACGGACAUUACGACGGGUCUGAGAUGUUGCUGCAGCACCAGUCUAAUCCGUGUAUCUCCGACACGGCCGGUAAGACUCCUCUGGACCUGGCCUGUGAAUUUGGACGAGUGGGGGUGGUCCAGCUGCUCCUCAGUAGUAAUGUCUGUGCAGCGAUGAUCGAGCCGAAGCCGUCGAACCCCAACGGCGUCUCUCCUCUUCACCUGGCCGCCAAGAACGGACACAUCGAUGUCAUACGUCUGCUGAUCCAAGCAGGUAUAGACAUCAACAGACAGUCAGAGUCGGGGACGGCGCUGCAUCAGGCAGCUCUCUGUGGAAAGACUGAGGUGGUGAGACUGCUGUUGGAUAGUGGCAUCAGUGCUGGGGUGAGGAACACUCUGUGUCAGACGGCUCUGGACAUCGUUAACCAGUUCACCGCCACACAGGCCAGCAGAGAGAUCAAACAGCUGCUGAGAGAUGCGUCAGCUGCGAUGCAGGUCAGAGCUCUGACAGAGUACUGCAACAACUACGACCUGACGAGCCUCAACAUCAAGACUGGAGACAUCAUCACGGUUCUGGAGCAGCAUUCUGACGGCCGGUGGAAGGGUUGUAUCCAUGACAACCGGACAGGAAAUGACCGCGUCGGCUACUUCCCCUCCAGCAUGGUGGAGGUGAUCAGCAAGAGGCCAGGUUCUCGGGGCUCUGAGUCCAGUCCCCACGGCUCUCCCACACUUGGCCAGCAAGGCGGCUCCAGCGAGGAUGUCUGGGUUCUCCGGAAGCCCCUCGCAGGUGGUGACCGUAGCAGCAGUGUGGGUAGUCUGGGUAGCGUUCGUUCCCUCGGCAGCGUCCAGAGUUCUGGAAAUACACAACACGCCCUGAAUACGCCUCCUCCGCCUGCCACAGCACACGCUACUAACACGCCAGCUAGCAGCCUGAACACACACGGCCUCAACGCUCCCGGGCUCCACGCGCAGUCGGAGGGAGUCAAGCUCCUAGCCACAGUGAUGUCCCAGUCAAUAAAGGCAAAGGAGCAUCUGUUGGAGCAGUCCAAGUCUGUGGAGCAGGCAGCAGCUGCUGCUAAGAGUCCAUCUGGUUGUCCUCCUCAAGAACAGCGCUCCUUUGAUCGCAAGGCAGAGGCAGAUGUGAAGAGUGAGGCGGUAGUGACCUGGUUGACUGAGUGUCAGCUGCAGUUCUACACCACUCACCUCCUCACCGCUGGCUAUGACCUAGACACCAUAGGCCACAUGACCCCCGAGGACCUGACAGCAAUCGGUGUAACUAAACCAGGCCAUCGUAAGAAGAUGACAUCAGAGAUCAGCAAACUGCCGUCUGGUGACUGGCUACCUGACCACAAACCGGCCAGCCUGGCAGAGUGGUUGUCAGCGAUUGGGCUGAACCAGUACUACCAGGUUCUGGUGCAAAAUGGAUAUGACAACAUCGACUUCAUCACUGAGAUCAGCUGGGAGGACCUGAAGGAGAUUGGCAUCACCAAGCUGGGCCACCAAAAGAAGAUGAUGUUAGCAGUGAGGAGACUGGGGAAGUUCCAGAGAGGAGAGAGUAUCUCUCAGCCUUCUACCCCUCCUUCUGGCUCCACCCCUCCAUCCUCCUCCACUCCUCCCCCCUCUACCCCACUUCCCUCCACUGGGAGGGGUCAGAGGCCCCCCCUCACUAAACCGCGGCCAGGGAUUGAGUCCCCAACACACACACCCUCCCCACCUCACACUCCCACAAAGACCCACAAGGCUCGAGCCCACCCCUCCACCCAGCCCCCGCCAGCUGAUUCGCCAGUCCAAGAAGGGGGUGUGUCUGUUCCUUUACUCUGUCUGCCAAUGGAGGAGGAGCAUCGGCGAACUCACAGCCUGAUUGGCUACUCGGGGUACGAAGCCGAUGCCCUCUCAGUUACAGACUUCGCCCCUAGAUACGCCACGGUCUGCCGCAGCAGCUCGGCUCAACGCUCCGACCCCAAUGACGCAACUGUCAACCGCAGCCAAUCAUCAGUCACGCUGCGGCCCAGGAGGAAAGGCCGGCCCCCGACUCCGCCCAAACGGUCGUGUUCCUCCAUCUCCGGGGGCGACGGGCUGGGGGAGGGGCUGGGGGUAGUAGGGAUCAGGGAGAGGAGAGCCAGCGACUGUGGAGGGCUGGCGGAGAGGAGGGGGGAGGGGGGGCUGGUGAGGUCAGAGGGGGCGGGGGGGAGCGUCCGGAGCAUCGCCGCCAUGUUGGAGACAUCGAUGGGAGGAGUUGGUCCUGGAGGGGGAGGGGCCAAGACCCUGCCCAGAACCAUGGGUGGCAGAGGCAGCUACCUCAACCCUACACAGGUUAGUCCGGCGGCGUUGCGUCGUCAGGCCGGGUCAGGUGGUCUCGGGUCUGAUGAUGAUAUCAUGAAUCGCCGUCGGACCAUCAGCGGUCCGCUCACCGACCAGACAGACUCCGCCCAGAUCCAGUCCCCGUGGCAACACACUGAGCUACGCCCAGAACCCCGCCCACGCUCCACGGUCGUCACGCCAACAGGAGAAGGGCUUAUUACGGAUGGAACAGCAACCAUCAACCGAAGGAGAAAGCCCCACCCCCCCAACUAUUCUGACGCAGAGAAGUUCCAUCUGACGGAGACAGACACCAUUCGGCGACGCCCACGCAGCCGCGAGCACAGCAAUGACCAAUCAGACAACUGCACAACCAGCAGCAGCCAACCAGAGAUUAGCACAACCAGCGUCGACCAACCAGCGAGCGCUACACCUGGCAGCGGCCAAACAGACAGCAGCAGGAAGAGCGUUGACCAACCAGAGAGCAGCAUUGACCAAUUGCAUUGCAGCCAGUUGGCCCCCCAGCAGGUGAACGGAGGGGUCGACCAAUCACACCGCAUCAUCCUGCGGAUGCGGCCCGGGUCGGAGGCUGAGGGGGAGGUGGCCUCUCGCAGGGAGAGCUGUGAUAGGCCAGAAGUCAGGAAGCCGCUGAAGCCGCCGGUGUCGCCCAAACCCUCGAUGGCGGCCGUGAGGAGACAGCAGCAGGACCCCCCCACCCCGACCAGACGCGUCCCCUUGCCUGGGCCUGAAGCUGACAGUCCUGCAGAUCCGAGGUGGAUGCCUCCCCCAGUCUCCUUCAAACCCUGCCCUCCUCCCACCGGUCCUAAACCCACCAAACCCUCACUCUCCUCCCCCACCCCUCUCCCUAGACCUCUCACCCCCUCCACCCCCGGUUCCACCCCCCACCCCGUCAAGCCUCCCCGCUCCUCUAUUUCUGGCCUCUCUGUCGACCUGCUGAGAGAGAAGGAGGAGGAGCAGACCAAGGAGGAGGCUCCAGCCCAAGUAGGGGAGGAGGAGGAAGAAGAGGAGGUGCAUCAUCUGAGGUUGGAGGAGACCAGCGCCUCCCUAGCUGCAGCUCUGGAAGCUGUGGAGCAGAAGAUUAACCAGGAUCACACACACAACCAUUCUCUACUGGAGGAGAAGACGACAGUCAACAUUCUAGACGACAUCGGCAGCAUGUUUGACGACCUGGCGGACCAGUUGGACGCCAUGUUGGACUAGAGCUCCCAGCAUCGCUACGACAACAAGCCAAGAGCUGACUGCUUACGCCAGCUAUCCCAGGGUGCUUUGCGGCUCCUGUAUAGAAUAGCUAUGAUAGAAGUGUUCCUGUGUGUUCACAUUCCUGAUGUAGUGCACUACUAUAGAGCUCGGGUCGACUGCACUACAUAGGAGGGAAUGGGGAUGUUACCGUGGUGAUGUUACCGUGGUGUUGGGUGGUAGAUGUUCCUGAAGCAGGAAGUUGUAGAUGUUUGUAUUCUCCCUCCCCUCUCAUUGGUCAAGAAGGCUGGUAGACAGACAGACAGACAGACAGACAGACAGACAGACAGACAGACAG